AUUUAAUUUCAAGGUCUGACUACGGAGACUAGAACUUGACCCACGCGAAUCUGCUCUCGAUUGUUCUCGACUGUGAGUGCUUGGCGCUUGAGGCUGGCCUUGAGCUUGAGGCUCCCGAACAAGCUCGCGAUCACACGAGCUAAUGUCUAAAAUCACAAACACGAUGCCUGGGUAGCUUCAAGUUAGUCGCCCACCACCAAAGAUACUGCUAGGCUAGCUCUGUUGGACGCCUGCGAUGUCGAUUCACGUCCCAGUCCCAGUCCCGACACACCCAGAGCAGGCUUCACCUCCAGCACUUUCCGAGAAGGAGCAAACUUUAUAUGACCUUGUCCUCGAGCACUUCUCUGCUGCAGAAUAUAGGCUUCCAGGUAUCACCCAAAAGAAAUCGGCACUGAUGGUGGAUGAAAAGUUUUGGCUGUCAUAUGAAUGUCUUCUCAGAUAUUUACGUGCUACGAAGUGGGAUGCGAAUGAGGCCAUCAAACGUUUGGAAGACACGCUCAAGUGGAGACGCGAUUUCGGGAUUUACGACAAAAUCACUCCUGAACAUGUCGAACCAGAGGGGACGACAGGCAAAGAGUUUCUCUUUGGCUACGAUACUCACGGUCGACCUGCCCUCUAUAUGUGCCCUUCAAAGCGGAAUACCGAGGAGUCACCCCGUCAAAUCCAUUACGUCGUCUGGAUACUCGAACGCGCUAUCGACCUUAUGGGUCCAGGUGUUGAGACUCUUGCGCUGAUGAUAAAUUAUGCAGACAAGUCCAAAAACCUACCAAUUGGUACGACCCGCACAGUGAUCAACAUCCUGCAGACACACUAUCCAGAACGCCUCGGCCUGGCGCUCAUUGCACAUCUUCCAUGGCUUUUGCACGCGUUCUAUAAACUGAUCACGUCAUUCAUUGAUCCCCUCACUCGGCUGAAGAUAGUCUUCAACCCUGUCAUCAACGAGAACGGUCUUUUUCGCGCAGCCGCGGAUGCUGAAGCCUGGAGCGCCGACAGUGCAUCAACCUCACGGGUAUUCGAGCCGGGCCAGCUUGUGCAGGAGGGUUGGAACGGCUCCCAGCCGUUUACGUAUUCCCAUGCCGUCUACUGGGAAGCACUAGUGAAGCUAUGUGAGGAGAGGCGCUCCAGGAUGGUUGCGGCGUGGCAUCGCAUUGGGGGAAAGGUUGGUACUAAAGAGUGGGAAGUUAAGGUUGCAGUCAGGGACGAGACGAUGAACACGUGACGGAGAAUGGAGAGCUUUGAUCAUGAGGGAGGGGUUAACCAUUCAUUGCUUAUUUGCUUGAUUUACUGACGCGCUGAUGCCAACUGAAUCUAUAUAAGUUUCUGUGGAGGGUUGGACGCCAGGACCACAAGUUAGAAUAGAGUUAUCCUUUUAGUCGCCUUCAAAACUGCUGGGAGUUGAUAAGAUUGGUCGAUCGAAGCCUUUGACCAUACAUACACUUGAUAAUGUGACAUAUUUAAAUGG